AGCUAAUAUUAAUAUCUACCGGAAGGAAGUAGUUGGUUAUGUUUUGUCAACACGACCGGUCCUUAACACGGUAUGUUGUGUUAAGUAUAUGAAAAUUUAAGCUACUCACUUCUUUAACGGUUUAAAAAAAAAAAACCCAAUGACUUUCAAAGAAGUAGCUAAGCAUGUCAUAGUAAUAGUACUCAUACUCCUAUUCAUAAGCAUAAUGAAUCAUUAUUAUGAAUUUUCAACAUUCUGUGUUAGUGUACAGUACAGUGUACAGUAGUAGUAGUCUAAGUAGUAAGUAGUAGUGUAGUGUUCGAAUUAGUCAGUUAAGAUACUUCGGUAAAAACAUAUACUUCAUAUACCAAAUAAUAAUUACAGUUGUAUAGAGCGAACUUCAAAUAAAAUAAAUGAAACCAUAAUCAACUUUGUAGUUUAAGUACCGGGUACUUUUUGAGCCAUUAAAAUGGGAGUGCAUUUGUAAUUGUUUAUGUUGGCCAUCUCCAUAUUUUCAUUUUGUGACAGGAUAUAAUUUCAUACAACUUUUUAUUAAAACAUCCUCAUUCACCAUUCAGAAUUGAGGGAAUCAGAUAAGUUAUUUGCAUUUAAGCAAAUAAGUUAAAUAUGGUAGGGUAGGCCUAGCCUAACACUUAACAAGAUCUGAUGAGCUUAAAUAACAAAACUACACUAUAAAUUGAUCAUUUUGUAAUGUAAAGCAUUCCUUCUUAACAGUAAUAUAGCAAGCCCCUAGGGUUAAUGCUGGCAUGGGUGGGCCGAGAAUUUUGCCUCCCCUUUCCAUGCAAAAAAAUUCUGCACUUUGCCUUAAAAGUCACCCCUUCACAUAAAGAAAAAAAUUGUGAAACAGUCCUCUGCAGCCCCCUUCCUACACCACUGCUCCGUGAACACAUAAAUAUACAGCGCAAUAAAUAUUUUACAAAAAGACAACUAAGGAAGUAAGUUGCAGCCAGACUCACCACAACAUAAUAGUAAUAGGCUUACAGUUACAGUGUAACUCACUAACACAGACAGUUUGUACUGUGAGUCAUUGUGAGCAAAAUAUAAAGUUAUUUAAUAAAUAUAUUAUAUUGAGCUUGCACGUAACAUUUGGUAAAGAAAUUUUUAAAAUUACUGAAUAAUAUUGUGUCUUGUAUUCACUGCAUUCAAAAUUUUUGAUCAAUGGUUGAAAUGAAAAAUAAACUCUUUAAGUUUAAGCUUUAAUAUUAAAUAUAACAGUGAGUUAGUAACAAACUAUGACACAUAGUAGAAACUCCUUAAAUUUAUAGAUAUAACAUUAAAUUAGAAUUUUAUAGAUAUAAUGAUCAAGAAAUUUUCCUUCAAUGAAGUCAGGAGGCAAUAUUACUUUAAAACCUUUUUAUUUCUAUUCCAUUGAAGUGUUUUAACCUGCAACUCAAUGAAAGUAUCUGGUAAAGCCAUGCCAUAUAACGGAAAUUAGUCUACGUACCGGUAGUGAAAGUGGUCACUUCUAAGCCUAAAUAAAAUUUCCUCAGAAUAAAGCCAUUUAGAAAAACACAUGCCAGUGCAAUCAAAACCAUAAACUUUUCACUAGAAACUGCUUAAAAUCUCUUACUUUAUUUUGAGCGUGAAGUAUGGAAUAUAAACUGGCCAUCAUUAAUAAAAUCAUUUGUUUCAUUAAUCUCAAUGUUCCCUAAACUUAAGAAUAUCAAGAUACAGGUAUACUCAUUCAAUUUAGUAUUUUUUUUUGUGUGCAUAUCACAGAUUGGUUCCUGCACAAGGUGUUGCAGAAAAUGUCAAGUAGAGCCUUGAGACGACUGCAGCAGCUAGACUUUGAACACAAUGAAGAAAAGGUCCCCAAAAGUGAGGAUGAUGAUGAUGUUGACAAUGAUGCCGAUGGAGAUUUAUUGAGUACCAACCAAGCCACUGCAAAGAAGAAGCACAAGAAACAAAGAAAAUCAAACAAUUUGUUUGAACUGGUACUAAAUAAUUGUGAAAUUUGUUUGUUUUUUUAAUGCUAUAUUACAUGUAGAUAAAGCUAGAAAUUCAUCUCUUAAAUGAGCACUUUUGAACUACCUAUCAUUGCAUUGAGAAAGAUUUGGCUAGAAAAAUAAACUUUUACUAGUGUUGCGUUGAUAUAUUUUAUUGUAACCAUGCUGAUGUGUGCUCCCAGCUCACUCAGAGGGAAGAGGACGAUGGGAAAGACGAGGAUGAAGAAAAUAAUGGAAGCAUUGAAGUUGCAAAUGGCUCUCAGUCAGGGAAAGUUCAACAUGAAGCCAAGUCCUCCACAAAGAAGAAAAAGAAAAGAAGUAACAAAAAGAAAGAUAAAGAAACAAAAACUCUUCAACAGCAAGUGUGUGUUUUUUGUUUAAGUAAUUUUUGUUGUUUUGGGUUUGUUUUUUUAAUUUCAAAAGAUUUUUUACAAAGAUUUGUUAAAAAAGACAGAAAGCCUUGUUUUUUGGUUGUAAGUAACAAAAUAAAUGUUUCUUAUAAAUUUGUAAAUUUUUAAAAUUAAUUUUAAAGAGUAAAAACACCCAAACCUCAAAUGUUAAAUUAUCAGGCUUUGAACUAAAGGUCCAUCUCUGAUUUAGUCUAGUAGUAUGUUUUGGAGACAAAAUGAUCAAGAGACAUAUAAACAUGGAUAUUCUCUGGUUUAUCACACGUAGGUCAGUGAGGAUAUUCUCUAGUUAUCACAUCUAGCUCAGUGAGCAUAUUUUCUGGUUUAUCACACGUAGGUCAGUGAGCAUAUUCUCUGGCUUAUCACAUAUAGGUCAGCGAGCAUAUUCUCUGGUUUAUCACAUGUAGGUCAGUGAGCAUAUUCCCUGGCUUAUCACAUGUAGCUCAGGGAGCAUAUUUUCUGGUUUAUCACAUGUAGGUCAGUGAGCAUAUUUUCUGGUUUAUCACAUAUAGGUCAGUGAGCAUAUUUUCUGGUUUAUCACAUGUAGGUCAGUGAGCAUAUUUUCUGGUUUAUCACACGUAGGUCAGUGAGCAUAUUUUCUGGUUUAUCACAUAUAGGUCAGUGAGCAUAUUUUCUGGUUUAUCACACGUAGGUCAGUGAGCAUAUUUUCUGGUUUAUCACACGUAGGUCAGUGAGCAUAUUUUCUGGUUUAUCACAUGUAGGUCAGUGAGCAUAUUUUCUGGUUUAUCACACGUAGGUCAGUGAGCAUAUUUUCUGGUUUAUCACACGUAGGUCAGUGAGCAUAUUUUCUGGUUUAUCACACGUAGGUCAGUGAGCAUAUUCUCUGGUUUAUCACAUAUAGGUCAGUGAGCAUAUUCUCUGGUUUAUCACACGUAGGUCAGUGAGCAUUUUCUCUGGUUUAUCACUUAUAGGUCAGUGAGCAUUUUCUCUGGUUUAUCACAUAUAGGUCAGUGAGCAUAUUCUCUGGUUUAUCACAUGUAGGUCAGUGAGCAUAUUCUCUGGCUUAUCACAUGUAGCUCAGUGAGCAUAUUCUCUGGCUUAUCACUGUAAGUCAGUGAGCGUAUUCUCUGACUUGGCCUUAAAAGUGAUAUAGUUAUUGAAAUGUUAAAGCAAUUAUUUUCAGUUUCAGAGCUUUAUUUUAUUUUUAUUUUUUUUAAAAUUCAACUAACAAAAUUCCCCCAGUAGACACCAACAAACAUCCUUUUCUAUUAGUUCCCAUCACAGGGCCUGCCCUCAACUGUUUGAAAACCAGUAUUUUAUCAUAGUUACUUACAAUAUUGAUUCAUUGUAGGAACCUGAAGAUGAUGUGGAGGCGAGUUUGAGAGAAGUCAACAGAAUCUUAGGAGACCUUCAGACGGGCUGUUCCAUGGAUGAUGGCGAACAGGGGACAUUUUCUGCCAAAGUGAAACCCCUCCUUCAUAUUGACUAUAGGUCAGUUGCAUUUGUGUCUAUGUCAUUUGCACUUGGAUUUAUGCCGACCGUAAGUCAGCAAGUAGAAUAAGAACUUUUGUGAUGUUUUUAAUUGUUGGCGGACCACCUGUAUUACUAUAUAAUACUCCUCCUAAAUUUGAUUCUCAUAAAGGAAAUGUUAAUUUUUUUGAGAAUCCCCAUUCAAAAUGUAUAGCAUUAUUCUAGGUGAACCUGGCAAACUUUCACUGAGAAAGUGAGGAUUUAACUCUUGAGAGUGAACAGCUCCAAGUAUCUGUGUUCAGGGUCCCCACACAGUCGGGAAAACGUGAAAUAGUCGGGAAUUUAUCUAAUAAAUUUCCCGGUCGUGAAAACCGGGAAAAUGGGCCUUCUAGUAAGGAAAUUUUCCGGAUUGGGAAUUUUUUAAUUUGUAAAAAAAAUAAAAAUAAAUUUGGCUUUGGAUGCCAUGAAAAUUGACGUAAAUCGCCGAACUCGUCUAUUUUUAGCCCUUCUGUUAUUAAAAGGUCAUUUCUAGUGGCUUCCCUGUCUACGCAUGCGUGUUGAGCUUUUAAGUUUCUAUUGCCGUACAACUUCGAUAGACCAGAAAUAUUAAACAUCGCCGAUCAAGACAUGUUCGAUUGUUUGGGUAAGUAAAGUGUAAAAUAUAGUGAAUAAUUAUUUGAUUCUAGUUUUCAAUUGUGAGGUAACCAUUAUAAAUAAAAAAAACUACUCAUCCAAGCGCUGUCUACAAUGACUAAGUUUAGCGUACUUUGUUAUGUCGUAGUCAUCAUAAGUUUAUUUUUAACGUUUUUACUGUAUGUGGGCGAUGUGUAUAUUUUAUUAGCGCUAGGCAGCCUUAAACUUUUUUAAAAGACUUUAAGUUCACUUAACAUUUAAUUAUGGAGUAAGCCUUCAAAUUUUAAAUAGGCUAAUAUGAUUAAGUUAUUUUGUGAUGUUAUUUUUGCUUAGAUUAGUUAGCUAGUUUACGGCUGACAUUCCUUUAAAAGUUACUAAAACUAGUACUAGUUGACUGGUUGAUUGGACUUGAUACUGGUACCGCCGGUACAUCGAUUCAUUGAGCCUAACUUAAUUGUAUAUAAAAGAAACUAUAUAUAAUUAUAUAGUUAGUUCUUAUUUUAUGCACUUCCAUGCUCUGGUUUACGGUAUUAUACUAUAAUUCAUAAGCAUAGUGGUGUAGGCAAGGUUUGUUUUUGUGUGUGUGUGGGGGGGUCAAUGAUGCACUCCCCUGAGUCCUGAGGAAAAUCAUUUACUAUACUAUGCAGUUUCAUAUGCAUAUCUUAGUAUCUCUUCUAAAUCUAUAUUACUGUAGUUUAGUACAGCUAUAAUAAAGUCUAUAUGAUGUGUGCCUUACUGUAAAUUUAAACAUAAUAUUAAUAUUGAUGAUAUAAUAUGAUAAUAUAUUUUAUUUUGUUAAACUAUUCAGGAUCAAAAUCAAGGCUCAAUAAAAUAAUGCCCAACAAUGCCUUUAAAGACUGAUGGUCAGGACAGCUAUCAUGAUAAUGAUUGAACAAGUCAUCACUGCUUCACUGUGCUGGAAAUAUUGAUAUCAAGUAUUCAGGGCGAAAAUAUUAAGAAAAUAUCAAUCAUCUGAUGAAACUUCAGCUUUAUUACCUAUCUUAGGUGUCCAGUUCUAUCACCUAUCUUAGGUGUCCAGUUCUAUUACCUAUCUUAGGUGUCCAGUUCUAUUACCUAUCUUAGGUGUCCAGUUCUAUCACCUAUCUUAGGUGUCCAGUUCUAUCACCUAUCUUAGGUGUCCAGUUCUAUCACCUAUCUUAGGUGUCCAGUUCUAUCACCUAUCUUAGGUGUCCAGUUCUAUCACCUAUCUUAGGUGUCCAGUUCUAUCACCUAUCUUAGGUGUCCAGUUCUAUCACCUAUCUUAGGUGUCCAGUUCUAUUACCUAUCUUAGGUGUCCAGUUCUAUUACCUAUCUUAGGUGUCCAGUUCUAUUACCUAUCUUAGGUGUCCAGUUCUAUCACCUAUCUUAGGUGUCCAGUUCUAUCACCUAUCUUAGGUGUCCAGUUCUAUCACCUAUCUUAGGUGUCCAGUUCUAUCACCUAUCUUAGGUGUCCAGUUCUAUCACCUAUCUUAGGUGUCCAGUUCUAUCACCUAUCUUAGGUGUCCAGUUCUAUCACCUAUCUUAGGUGUCCAGUUCUAUCACCUAUCUUAGGUGUCCAGUUCUAUCACCUAUCUUAGGUGUCCAGUUCUAUCACCUAUCUUAGGUGUCCAGUUCUAUCACCUAUCUUAGGUGUCCAGUUCUAUCACCUAUCUUAGGUGUCCAGUUCUAUCACCUAUCUUAGGUGUCCAGUUCUAUUACCUAUCUUAGGUGUCCAGUUCUAUCACCUAUCUUAGGUGUCCAGUUUUAUCACCUAUCUUAGGUGUCCAGUUCUGCAACUUCUCAGUCAAGCUUCCAAUUUAUGUGUCAAAAUAUGAAACCCUCAUUGAAGAGAUUUUAUAGACACUAAAGUGUGUUGACUCAAACUAUCCAUUUUCAUCACAAAAAAUGAGAACAUUAACUCCAUAUAAGAAAAGAUGCUUUCCAGUUGUGGUAGCUAUACGUAUGUGCUAAAAUGCCCUGGAGAACACAUUGCAAAAGUUGCCCUUGCACUUUAAAAUUAAACAUCAACAAUUUUUCACGUCCAAGUAGAAAGAAAAAUUGCAAUUGCUAGGAAAUUAAAUAAAUAUUUGCAUGUGUACAUCUCAAUCGCUUUAUUUUUUGUUUAUUUGUGUUUUAUUUCAAUGUUGCUUUGCUUUGACAAUUUAAAAUUUUAUAUUAUCAAUAGAAACGCCGCGUUGCGAUAGUCAAGAAAUUUUUUUGUUUUUAGUUGGGAAAAGUUGGGAAAAAGUAGGGAAUUUUGUUUUUAAAAAGUGUGGGAACCCUGUGUGUUGUUCAGCUCUUUUAACAAAUAAAUAAAUGAGAUACCAACUUCUAAGCUCCCCGAAAAUCGGAUCCAAAAUAGUUUUUUUUCACACUCGUCACAAGACAUUCCAGGAUACAAUUUUAAAUUAUUUUUUUCUUUAAAUCUCAAAACCUUUGUUAAAAUAUGAGGGAGAUAACAAAUAUUAAUUAUAAAAUAAUAAAUUCAUAAUAGAAUUAAGUAUGGAAUUUAUUGCGGAAAAAGGUCUAGUCGAGCUGUUGAAAAGCAAAUCGUCUUGUCGCGGUUUAGUCACAUAUGUAUUUGGCUGUAUUCUUAGACACCUGAAUCCUGAGAUGGAGCUGAAGCGGAUGUUUGGUGCAGAGAUAGUCAGAAGUGAGCAUCAUCAGAGGUUAGCAGUUUAAAACUCAUUUUUUUCAUUGGCUGCUCUAUCAAAGAGCUGUUAAGUGGUAACCACAUUGCCCUCACUGACAUAAAGUGUCCCCCGUUUAAGUGUCUGCAUCUCAUUUUAAGGCAGGGCAAAGAUUGAUUAACAAAAACAUAGUAUUUUUAAUAAAGAGGUAAAAUAGCUUCUUUUUUUGUUCUGUUGUUGUUCUUUUAAGUCCCCCCAUAUCAUUACACUAUCUUUCAGGAAAUUUUUGGAGCUUGACAACCACUAUUUUCUGUUCCUGUGGUUCCUAUUCCCAUGGUUCAUGUUCCUGUGCUUCCUAUUCCCAUGGUUUCUGUUCCUGUGGUUCCUAUUCCCAUAGUUCAUGUUCCUGUGGUUCCUAUUCCCAUGGUUUCUGUUCAUGUAAUUCCUAUUUCGAUGGUUCCUGUUCCCCUGUUUAUAGGAUUAAUUGAUUAAACCAAUACCGGUAACUUGAAUUGAUUACAUUUCUAGAAAUCUUCUUUUGGCUGUUAGCAACAAUAAAAAAUUAAUCUAACUCAAUUCACAAAUUACAAAAUAUAAUUGUUUUAUUAUUUAAACAAAAAGGCUUUGCUAACGAUGAUGUAUAUUCGGUUUUAAUCCUGUUUUCUCAGAAAGAGGCAGCAUAGAAACAGACCCUUACAACGCAGCAGCCGCCUUGUGCAGCCCAAGGACACAUGGCAUAGCACAGGAGGAUCGGGUAAUGUUUACUGAAUGGAAGGACGAAAGCUUUUUGCUUAAAUAACUCAUAAAAUGUGUCCCUCUGUCAUGGCCACUGAUUGGACCCUUUGCAAGUUUGAUAGUAUGUUAAUGGUAGUGGUUCCCGACCUGUGCUCUUCAAGGGCUCCAUAUCUACCUUUUAUGGGGCUCCAUGGCUGAACACAAAACCCCUUAACACCAUUACAUUGUUAGACAUGGGUUAGGCCUAUGGGGUAUCCCAACAGAGGUCGAUUCUAAAAAGGGCUCUGGAUGUCAAACGGAUUUGGAACCAAUGGUUUAACUCGUACUUCAAUUCAGUGAAACCUCACUAUAAUUUAAUGAUUGAGGUCCAUAAUAUUGGAUCCUGCUAAUAGUGGGGUCACAUUAAUGCCGGGUUUUACAUUAUAGCAUUAGUAUUUUUUUUUUAAAGUAGGUAGAUGUGUGUUUUUGUUCUAAAAACAUUCUUAAACUCUUGUGGUCAGUGAGACAUGUGGUGUUGAAGUUGGCCAGUUUUAGUGGAUGAUUAGUGAUUGUCCCAUAUGAGACUGCAUAUUUUUGUACAUGAAUGCGAAUGAAAUUAUGAAAUUUCAAGGGCCAUGCCACGACCGCGUCAUAUCGGAAUUCAACUCACAUUGGGGGUUUCGCUGUAUGUAGAAGUUCAAUUUUUUUUUAAACUGAUUCUUAAAGCUUUCAUAUCAUCUUCUAUGGAAGCGUGUCAAAGGCUUUGAUAAGAUUAUAUAUAUGGCAGGAGAUACAAUCACUAAGAAGUUGAUUUAACAUUCUUGAUGAACGGAGAGGUGGCAUUAAUCAUUAAUACAUUUAACUAGAUAUCUUUUUUUGGUUGGGGGGGGGGGGGGGGGGGAUAAAUUAAAAAAAAACACACUCACAAAAACAUAACUUAAAUUUUUUUUUAAUAAGUCUUGUUGAAAUGAUGCAAUGUCCCUUAAAAAGGGAUCCUUUUUGGCUUACUGUGAGAAAAGAUUAUAUAUAUGGCAGGAGAUACAAUCACUAAGAAGUUGAUUUAACAUUCUUGAUGAACGGAGAGGUGGCAUUAAUCAUUAAUACAUUUAACUAGAUAUCUUUUUUUGGUUGGGGGGGGGGGGUGUAGGUAGAUGAGAGAUUUUCCUUGCUUGCAUUUGAGAUGAGUUCACCUACAAAACUACCCACACAUAGACUUGAUAGACCCUGCUGUUUUCACUUGUUUAUUCAAGAGGCAAAGUUUAUCUUUACUUUCUUCAUUUCAAAAACUUAUCCCUAACACAAUUGCAGGUCUGUCUAUGAAAUACCUGGGUGAGCAAGAAGGUUUUGUCUUUGAGCAUUCUCCCGUUUACCAGAAAAUUCAGCACCAGUUUAGUGAUGCGGUUGAGUCGGGCCAACCCGAAUAUAUCAUUGUAAGUUGGAUUUUUUAAAAAAAAUAGUUAUAAUAUGCUGCAUGUCAGCUUUUCUCCCUUGAGAAGAUUUUACAUGAAAUGUGAAAGUAGUUUAAACUUUGGGUGGCUUUCCCACAUGACCUGUAGUAGGACAUUGAAGAAAUAACUUUUAGCCUGUUUGUUUUAUGAGCUUCUACUGUGGUCUAUUAUGUUAGCCUAAAUAAGGUCUUCAAAAUUUACUUUGGCCCAUGCAGUGGUAUAAAUAGAACUUGUCUCGCAGCAAUGUUGUGACAUAAGGACUUUUUUCAAAAAAUGAAUUUAACUUAAAACUUAAACAGAUCAGCAAUAAAUGUUCAUUCACUGGUAUGUUGUUCAUUCAUUGCUGUGUUGUUCAUUCACUGGUGUGUUCUUCAUUCACUGGUGUGUUCUUCAUUCACUGGUGUGUUGUUCAUUCACUUGUAUAUUGUUCAUUCACUGGUGUGUUGUUCAUUCACUGGUGUGUUGUUCAUUCACUGGUGUGUUGUUCAUUCACUUGUAUAUUGUUCAUUCACUGUGGUGUUGUUCAUUAACUGGUGUGUUGAUUAGAAACUUUAUCACAGUGUUACAACAUAAACAAAGCGGUAUAAGUUUUUAGAAAGAAAAAAAAAGAAGAAGAAAAGCUGUUCAUUUGACAAGUAAUAAAGAUAGAUUUUCUCAUGUCAAAGCUCUUAACAUCCGCAACUGAAUCUUGAUCUCAAAUUUACGGCAAAGGCUAAAUUUUAAUCAAACAAUAAAAAAUAUGCGGAACAUUAAUUAAAUUAAAAAGCUGAACAUGUUCUUUGACCAAAUCCAGAACAUCCUGAGAGCCCACCCUUACCACAUCGAUGCCCUUCUUCAAAUGGCAGAAUUUCAGAGAGCCAAUGAGGAUGUCCAGACUGCUGCUGAAACUAUUGGUAAGUUGCUUGCAUUGAACUAUGAACUGAUUCCUUUUGUUAAUAUUAACUGAUUAUUAGAGCAGAAAGCAUUCGUUAGUGAAGAUCUUUAAAUUUAAAUAAACCUCUGGCUUGUUGUAAGUUGUGUGUAGCUGUAUUUUUUUUUUUAAAUUUUUGCAUCCCUGAAUAACUUUUUUUACAGUUUUUUUUCCGUAGUGCUGUUUGCUCUUAAAGCUAAAAGACUGCUUUUUGAAUAGUCCUUAGCUAUUUUAAAUUACCGGUAUACAAAUAUAUUUAAUUUAAAUUUACACUGCUUGGCUCUCUGAAUGGCAUCUGUUCACAUUGGCUAAGAGACAUUUGGGCUGUCAGUACUGGUAUAUCAUAUUAGUUGAUCAGUGAAAUAUUUAUUUUCAAAUAUCCUUCCAGGUAUAAAGUUUUUUUUAUCUUAAGCUUCUCUUUGUUUUUUGUUUUUUUUAUUUUUACUAGAAAAAGCCUUAUAUGGGAUGGAGUGUGCUUUUCAUCCUUUAUUCAACCUGGCUUCUGGAAACUGUUUCUUAAAUUACAGGUACCCUGAAAACAGGUGAGGAAACAUUUACAAAUACUGUCUUUCCGGUCAUGCAAGUUGGGGUAAAUAGAAAAAAAAACUUUCAUCCGUUAGAAACCAUAUGUCUCUCAAAGGAAGAAAAGAAAACAGGAACAUAAGUUUUGGAAAUAGCACAUGGAGGCAGUGAAUUUGGCUUAAUAUAGUAAAGAAGGAACUGGUUUAUUUUUUUUUCUUCUUUUUAAACGUUUGCUAUUCUAGGCUUCUCAAUGUUUGUUAAAUUGUUUGCUGCUAAUAAUGAAUUUGCAAGUUAACAUUAGAUAUUAUUUUUUUUCUCUCCCUGUAUAAAAUUUGUCAAUUUAAUUUCACAAUGCUAAAAAACUAAUUGUUUUAUAAAAUGCACAGGAUACUCGCAAAAUUCUACUGCCUUCAUUUUUUUUUAAAAUUAAAAACGGAAAAUUUCCAAUAAGAAUCUGUAGUCAGCAGUUCAUGUUGGUUAAGAAAUCUUAGCAUCCAAGGAAUGGAUCCAUGUAAACAAAAUUGCAUAGUGUGCUCAUAUGGCCAAUUACCCAAAUCCUCACCAGAUUUUGACUUAAUGCUACAAUGAGUUGAUAUGUGCAGUAAGGAGGUCACACAAACAUUAUGUAACAGCGACUUGUUCCAGUUGAGGUUAUCUAACAUUUGACACAUAUACAUGUCUGUACAGGUCAUUCUACCUCUGCCUUUUCAAACACAUCUUGAAUCUUGGAAGACGUGGCUGCAACAGGACGGCCUUUGAGUUUUGUAAACUUUUACUAAGGUAAAUUUAAAAUAUAAAAUGAGUUAAACGAAGUAGGGUUAAACUUGAAAAAAAGGUAAAUUUAAGUAAGCAUAUACCAGGGUUGAUUUAGUUAACUCUUAACUAAGCAAUUUUGUAAACGUUUACCCGGUAGAUUUUUUGUUAGCUUUUCUAUUAUUAGUCUCUUACUCUUGGGCUAAUGUCCUCUCCUAGAUUACAAAAAAUUUUCAUUAAGUAAAAUCUGCAGAACAAACAAUACAGUGUACACCUCAAACAAGCUUAAAGCCAUUUAUCAAGAUAUUUUUUACUCAUGGUUUGUCGUCCACUGGCUGUUUCGCUAAAACUAUUUUUUAAGAUUGUUACAUUUCUUUUGUGUGUUCAGUAACAUUGCUUUCCCUAAAAAUAGCCUUUAUAAUUAAUUUUUGUACGCCCUGUACAAAAUGGUGCUCUUGUCUAUCAUCUUGUCUGCUUCUUCAAAACGUCUGAAUUUAAAUGUUGCUGUGUUUGUUGGACAUUGAAAGAAUUUUUGGGGGGUUUAAAAUUUGUUCUUACAGUCUUGAUCCCACCAAUGAUCCCCUGGACUGUAUGAGCAUGAUUGAUUACUUUGCCUUGAGAGCCCAACAGUAUGACCAUCUUGUACGUUUGGACACAGAGGUCUUGGUAAGCAUGUACUUAAAAUACACUUUAAUAAAAUGAAAGCAUGUGAAAUGAAAUUAUUGCUAACAUCAAUUUUUCCUUAUCUGUUGUUGGUACAUUUUCUGGGUGGCCUGAGUUUUCUACGUUUAUUAAAAAAAUUUUUUUUUUUACCUACAUCACAGACCUCAAAGGCAAUGAAGCAUGUGCCGAAUUUUGCCAUGUCAAUUCCUUUGGCCUACUUCAAGCUGGCAGUCCAAGGCGGAAGGGAGAGAAAUACUGCAGAUCUUAUAGUUGGUGAAGUUUUUUUUAACUAGUUCUUUUAAAAUCUAAAAAGAAGAAAAGAUUUUUUAUACAGGUCAAAACAUAAAUAGAACAUGGAAGUUUUACCAGAAAUGUAUGAAACAUUCUAAAAAUUAUUGUAUUAUACCAGAGAUCAGGAACCUUUUCAUGUCAAAGAGCCAAAUAUUAAAUUUUGAUAUAAUAACUAGUAGACCCAAGAGCUACAUGAGAAAUAUGAAAGAGCUGCAUGCGGAGCCGCAGGUUCCCAACCCCUGUACUAUACAAUAGAUUAAAAAGAAGACAUUCCGGAGACAAAAAUAAAAAUUAUUACAAUCACAUUCAAACACCACCCUCCUCCUCCUCCUCCCCCGGAAAAUCCUGUAGGGCUAUAUCCUCUCUACUUUUCCCCUUCCCCAUAUACAACACAGAACGAGCAAACUUAUGUAAACCCUCUAAUACCCACUGAAUAAGUAAAUGUUUGUUUACCCAAUGUUCCGCCACCUUAAUUGAUUAAAGACUGGGCAAGAAAUAUAUGCAUUCUUCCAGCUGCAGGACAGCUUAUUGUUUUUCCCAAUGAUGUUGAUGCCACUGCUGGAUGAGUGCUCCGUGCAACCUGACAAACUCGUGAAGACUCAUCCAUUCACUAGUACAGCUGAGCUUCAUGAUAAGUUAGUACUUUUUUUUUCUCUUUCUGUAUUCAAUUCACUCUUAUAUUUCUUGCUGAUUAACUUAGAAAUGUACUGGAUAAGUAAAAAAAAAAAAAAAAAAGUCGUAUGUAUCAGUGUAUUCUUAUGCUAUCACAUAACCAAGAUGAAUAAUAUCUGUCAGAUAUAUUUGAAUUUAAAAUGGGAAUCCUUGCUGUUGAUUUGUUUGCUGGCUUAUUUUUUAAAUUAAAAUUUUUUUACAAAAAGUAAUAAAUUUAAUUCAUGUAGCUAUUGACCCACUAAGGUCCAAAAGUAGAAUAUUCUAGAUAAGUCAAAUGCUAUUUGGCAUGACAUUUAAAUUAAGGAAACACUGCUGAAAGAAUUUUUUUUUUUUUUUUAAAUGUAUGCAGUUUUUAAAAGGUUUUUAAAUGCAGGCAAAAUAGGACCUCUUAAAAUAUCAGAUAGCAUGAUCUUUUCAACAACUUAAUACCCCUUACCUGAAAACCUUGAUAAGGUAUUGCAUUAAAAACUUGACAUAGCCAAGAGGAAUGUUGUUUAUAUACUACUAAAAAAAUAAAUAAGUAAUAGGUAACACAGCUUGACAAAAUAAAUUUUAUAAGGUCGAAUUGUAUCUAUCACCUGACCUUAGCUUCCUCAGAUUAAAGAAAUUAAGUGACCGUAUCUUGUUACAGCACUAGUGAAUUGCAAAGAAUGAUUAUGUUGUAUGUGAAACGAUGUCAGCCAUGUUGGAAGGAGGCAGAGGUCAUGACCUGGCUGGAAGAGAAUGUUAAAGCUGUGAUAGAAAUUGUCAAAAAAGGCACAGACAAAAGACUGGAAGAAUAUGAAAUACUGUGAGUACCCCUACCAUAUGAGAAUAUGAAGUAUAAUAAUAAGUACAGUAUGAGAAUAUGAAGUAUUUUAAUAAGAACAUCAUGAAAAUAUGAUCUGUUAUAAGUGCUAUAUGAGCAUUUCGCUAUUAUAUUAUAUGCACAAUAUGGGAAUAUAAACUAUUAUAGGUUUGUAACUACAGUAUGAUCAUUAGUCUAUAGGAAUUUAUAUAAGUGCAGUAUAGCCCACUUGUAAUUGUAAUUCUCAGGCAGAGAUCUCUGAUACUUUUCUCACAUUUACAGUACAUUGGCCAUGCGAAGCAGGACAUUUUGGCGCAGAGCCGUUUUAGCGCAGGACAUUUUGGCGCCAUUUAAAAAUAACUUUUUAUUUAACUUAACGUUUAUAAACAUUUAAUAAAGAGAAUGCAUAAUAUAUAAAUUAAGAAACGUUUAAAAAUAACUUUUUAUUUAACUUUACGGUCUGCACUAAACUUAUCGAACACAUAACAGUAUCCUUCGUGAUUCAACUUUUCUUUACCACGCUUCGAUGUGACACUUUUCAUUUUACUGGUUUAACAGAAUUAUAAUAUGUGAUAUAUUUAUGAAACUCUACUUAACUUAUGAUUUUAGUCUAGAACACUCUUGCACUUUUAUAAAUGUGAAGCGCACGCAUGUUUAGGCAGGAAAGGUAAAUAGUGGCUUAGGCCAUCUGUGCGCCAAAAUGACCUGCGUCAAAACGGCUCUGUGUCAAAACGGCCGCGCCAAAACGGCCGCGCCAAAACGUCACGUACCGUUGGCCAUGACAUCAACCUAUGCCUUAUAUACCAUAUUUGAUGUAUUUGAUGUCAUACUUGGAUUACUUGACUAAUUUUCCUGGGAUACCAUUCUUGUUUUCACUCUACAGGAGGAAAAAGCGAUUUAGACAGCCUCCACUUUCUCUUGUCCGACAUUAUUUUCUGUCAGAGAUACAAGGCCUCGGUUUGCCUCGGGUAAGUUCCAAAUAAGAUUUGUUAAAUUUUAUUUUAUGCAAGUUAAUAAUUAUUAGUUUUUAUAGCUAGCAGUUUGAAUUUUUAGGCUUAUUUCAUUGUAUUAAAAAGAUAUUGCAAACAUUUAUUUUCAAAUAUUGAACAAAAGUUUGUUUUAUUUUCUGAUAGUUCUUAUGAUCUGAUAGUUAAGUCAGACUUUUUAUUUUAUUGAAUGGAAAACGCUGCAGUUACUAAUAAUGAAAUUGUAAUUAUUGAUCAAUUGGGUUUUUCAAUUUACAUCAAUGAUUGUUUUAAAUUUUAUUGAAGUACAAUUAUACAUUUAUGAUCCAACUGAUAACAAGAUAUCUUUUAUUGACAGAACAUAAUUGUAUUUUAUUGACCUACUUCAGUAUAGAUUCUAUAAGACAUUAGGGCAAAAAUACUUAGUGUAACAUGUUUUCUUUCAGCAUCUCUUCCAGUCUUCAAUGUAUAUUUUAACAUGUAUUCCCAACAGCAUUUCCUGUCAAGUCCUGUGUUAAGUCAUGACCCAUUUCCUCCACCUGAUUCAAUUAUUUCUUACACCAGACCUGCAUCCAAGUAGGUUUACUUCUUACAAAAAUUGCAACAGCUCUAUGUUUAUAGAAAUAGAUUGUUUUGUUAUUUAGAUAUUAAAGGGAUGAGUUUUUGGGCAUGCACAGAUGACAGGAAGGAAGCUAGGAUAGAGAGAAUAAGGAAUAAGUAUGGAUCAUCCACGUUGUUUUAGGAGUUAAGAAUUUGUGAGUUAAGAAGAGGUUACUUGUAAUUAUACUUGUAUUUCAAAUGAGGUAACAUUGAAUAUCGUAUUUGUGUAUUACUGUGUUAUUGCUGUGAAAAUAAAAGUGGUGUACAGAAACUGGAAUUCAUAUUUUCAUUGAGGGAGGUGAGUAACGAAUGUGGCCGAUGAGUGAUGGAUGAAGUCCCAAAAUUCAUAUUAAAAUGAACCCACGAAAGUUAACAUUACUAGCAUAAGUUAAUCAGCUGAUGGAUUGAGCAUAAAACCCCAUCAGUUACAAAAAUAUUUUAGGAAAUCUGAAUAACUGGAAAGAUAAUAUGUUGGUAAAAAUUCUGCAUUUAAGAGAGCUGACUUUCUUCUUUCCUUGGUAAGUAGUCCUACUAAUAAAUAGUCCUGUCUCCUUGUAAGUCACAUUCCCCUUAAACUUUGGGGCAUAAUUCCUAGCCAAUCACUUUUCUCAAUGAAAACGCAAGUUUAAUUUAAAGUACCAUUUGACAAUGCUGUUUAACUCUCAAGAUUAAAACAGCUGAAUUUACAUAUUCUCUGUACCAAAAUAUGGAGUGGGGUUAGUUAAACUGUUUUAUACUUAUGCAAUCAAAAUAUGUGUCUAAAAGGGAAACUGGUACAUUUAAUGUUUCUGAAUGCAGAAGUUAAUUAAUAAAAUAUUAAAUAAUUUACAUUAAAAAAAUGAACUCAAUAAAUAUUCACUGCGAUGUGACUGAACAUUUAAAGUAAUUAUUAAAAUAAUGCAGAAUUGGUAGAAGGUGGAUUAAUACUGAAAUUAACCAGGUAGCUACACUGGUUAUUUUGAAGUAUAGUUUUAGUCUUUGUUACAUUUAACUCAUUUCUUCCAACAGCAGAAAUCAAAGCCAAAUUUGAUGCUUUAGUGGAUAACUAAGUUUAAAUUUGUUUCAAGUUGUUUCAAUUUCUUUCUACAUCUCAGCGUCAGACCAACGGUGGCUUCACAAGAUCAGAGUGGAGUUCUGAGAUCAUUUCUACAGUCACUUCUGCCUACUUACAACCCAUAUGUGAGUAGUGUUACAAAUGCUACAUUUCCAAUACCCGCUAGUAUCUUCUGUCAACUUACAACCCAUUUUUGACUAUUGUGAGUAGGGUUUCAUUUCAGCUUUUCAUUUCACCAUCAGAUAGGUCAACUGAAUGGCCAGCAGUUCAUAAUUAUUGACGCUGAUGAAAGAGGAUUUCGGGGGGAGGGGGGGGGGGCCUUAUUUUUCCCCAUGGCCCCACUCCCACUGAAAUCUCCUGUUGUGAAGAAGGUGGGUUGGUUGCAUCGACUGUAGUUCAUCCUUGGUAUUUCUUCUCAACAAAUCAUCAAAAGUUUAUUGCUUUAUCCACAAAACCCCCAACAGGAACCAGUCAACGUCUCAGCCAGACAGCAACACAGAGAGGAAGAGGAUGAUGCUGAUGGGGCGAGGGGAGGCAAUGCAAUACCACAGCAGAUUCAACAGAGUGUCCAGGCCAUCAUGCAGGCCAUGAGGCAGUUACUGAAUGAACAAUUUCAUGGCGGCAACAACAACCACCCGGAGCAGGGUAACGGAAGGGAAGAUCAGCCAGAGUUGGAGGAGAACGACAGGGAGUGGGAGGAAGAGGAUGGGCUGGGAUGAAUAUCUCGACUCCUGUUAUGCUAUGCUCUGUGAUGGAAAUAAAAUAUUUAAUUGAUGUCUGGAAA